CGGAGAUUGGAGAUUUGCGGUGCUAGCUGACCAACGUGAAGUUUGCUCCUGGCAUUUUUUCAAAUUUCGCCUCGAUUACCGUGUAUUCGCGGGAUUUACACGAUUUGCGAUACCAUGAACAAGUUCCUUCGACCAUCACUAUUCCUGCUCCUCUGCUGCUCGUUGUGCCCCGUACAAUCGAACAACCAUUCGACUACUACUCCCAACAACAAUGAAACAACAACUGUCAGUACAACAACCGUUCCAUCGAGUAGAUUAGAAACGAACAACAAGACGACCGGAGACGACAAGAAGAGCAACAACGGAAGCGUCGGGAGCUCCGUGCACCAUCACAUACUCGACGUUUUCUUGACCCACGGCCAUUUGGCAGCCAAUGGCAGUGUAAAGGAUAAGGAAGAGGCCGCCGUGACCGAGAAAACCAAUAAAAGCGACGAAAACGUGGGACUACAAGAUGUUAUCGAUAUGAUAGUGAAUCAUACUCACAACUCUGUCGGAUUGAAUAAGAAUUUUAGCGAAGAGGGUUGCACAACGCCCGCCAUUAAACAGGUAAAUGAUUUCUCUAGUCUAGAAGAAGCAGAACUGAACAGAAGGGACCGAUUUUGUUUGUCUUUUUUGCAGUUUCCCCAUCCGAUAAUGAGCGAGAAUACGAGGAAACACGGGGGACUUCUAAUACACGUGAUUGUAGCCAUUUAUAUGUUCAUCGGAUUGGCCAUCGUUUGUGACGAAUAUUUCGUCGCUUCGUUGGAUCGAAUUUGCGAAGAAUUGAAAUUGGCACCGGACGUGGCUGGUGCGACUUUCAUGGCGGCCGGAAGUUCCGCCCCCGAAUUGGCGACCGUCAUCAUUGGAGUUUUCCUGGCCAAAGACGAUAUAGGAAUCUCCGGCGUAAUCGGCUCGGCUGUCUUCAACAUAAUGUUCGUUAUAGCCUGUUGCGGCCUCUGCUCGGGGGCCGUGGUCUACUUAAAUUGGUGGCCCCUCAUUCGAGACAGCUUCUUCUACGCCCUGUCCAUUCUAGUCAUGCUGGUGGUCAUCUUCGACAAGAAGAUAUCCUGGGUGGAAUCGCUGUGCAUGCUGAUCACCUAUCUGGUCUACUGCGUGGUGUUGCAUUUCAACACGCCGUUGGAGAGAUGGGCCCAAACGUGGCCUGUACCAUUCAAGGUCGUACCGCAGCCCACCGAACAAUCCGGUUUGGUCAGUUACCGGACGCUCGACGACGAGAACAAACGGCCUUCGUACGGCGUGGACCAACAGCCAGGGGGCGGUUACGGGGACGGGAUGCAUCAGGAGGACCAGCAGCAACAGAACGUGGACUAUUCGGAUCCCUCUAUGAAUAACUUCGGAAUGGCUUGGUCGCCGGAAAAGUACCAAAACAAUUUCGCCGGUGAUUUAAGCGGUCCCGAUUUGAAUCGCUUCGAACCGGAACCAGCCAGUAUCGGUACCGCUAAUGCCGGUAGUACCGUCGCUGUAAACCAACCGACUGUAACCAGACCGGUCCAACCGGAGUACUACAAACCGAAGGAAUAUGAUCCAGCAGCUCAUCCUAAUCCCCUCAUCAAACCCGAGAACGCGAAUUGGAUGAAGAUCGGUUUUUGGGGAAUGGUGUAUCCGAUUCAUUGGAUGUGCAGGAAAACCAUGCCGGAUUGCAGGAGUGAAAAAUACAGGAAUUGGUAUCCGUUCACGUUCUUCGUUUCGAUGGUGUGGAUUUCGUUCUAUUCGUAUUUUAUGGUGUGGAUGAUCACCAUUAUCGGUUACACUCUGGGAAUUCCCGACACCGUUAUGGGACUAACAUUCGUCGCAGCAGGCGUAUCCGUUCCGGACGCUCUAUCCAGCGUUGCCGUCAUCAAAGAAGGUUACGGCGACAUGGCUGUUUCGAAUGCGGUGGGAAGCAACGUGUUCGACAUAUUGAUAUGCCUGGGACUCCCGUGGUUCAUAAAAACGGCCAUCAUAAAACCGGGCAGUACGGUGAAAGUUAUAAGCAAAGGUUUGACAUAUUCGACGCUUUCUUUGUUAUCGACGGUGGCGUUCCUGGUGGUGGCGAUUCACAUGAACGGUUGGAAAUUAGACAGAAGAUUUGGCGCCAUGUUGAUGGUUUGGUAUGUGUUGUUUAUAAUAUUCGCCAGUUUGUACGAAUUGAAUGUGUUCGGGUAUAUGAACCCCCCCGAAUGCCAGAUCGAUUGGUAAAAGAAAAAAACGAAGCUUUUUAUUGGUUUUUUUUGAGCAAUGGGAAGUUUCGAGCGUUCCAAAAAAUUUAUUUAUUGAUUCGUCUUCCCCUUCAUUCGAUGUGUAUUCGAUUAUUUUAUUUUUCGUAGAACAUUUGAGGAAAUAGUUUGAGCUUAGGAAAUAAAUUUGCAAACUCCUCGGAUACAUCGAACUUUACGGGUUGUUUCUAUUUCUUGUUAUUUUUAUUUUCUCUCCGAGAAAUUAAUAUUGUUUAAAAGUAGCGAAAAUGACAAAAAAAAGAGUAUUUAUACAUAGAAUAAGUAUUAAAUGAAACGCUUGACAAUAAAAUAUAGCUUUACGCUUCGUUGGAGUUUUAGAUGGUAAGUUCGAAGUCACAAAUUUAAUUGUUUUCUUUUUAAUUAAAUGUUAAUUGUUGUGAGUUAUAAUUAAAAUAGUCAAUUUUAAUCAAUGACAGUCGUCAGGUCAAUUUGACACGAGAAAUGUAUUAAUCAUAUUUAUUUUGUGAAUCAAAUUAAGUCAAUUUGAAAAUGUACUUUUAUUGACAGUCGUCAAUUUUGAUCGAUUUUUAGUCAAUUUAAAAUCGCUAAAAACGGUUUAUAAAAUCUAG